CAAGAUGCACAUCAAUGCAUGGAAGUCGCAAGACAGAUCCUACUCUAGAUCCUGCUUCUUAAUUUUUGCAGAUGAUGGUAAGGGUUUCCUGUGAUUCKCCCAAACGCAAAAUAAAUUAAACGGUGUGUUUUUCUGCUGUGUUUACAAAAGUAAAAGGACAAUGUACGGAUUUUACAACGUUAAGGGAAGAAAACAAGASAAUAAGGACUCUACAUGUUCAAUGGAAAGGACUAAUAGUCGAGGGAUAUGUGUAUCUAAACUAAGUUGUCGUUCUGUUGCCGGUGUUCUCCUUGCAGUGCUGUCUACAUUAUCAAUAGUCAUUAUGGAUACAUUUGCAAAACUCUGUCUUGUUCUUCCUCCUCUUGAGAUUACAGUGAUUCGGUGUAUAAUUCAUCUUUUACUGACGAUACCACCUGUGAUUUACGCAAACCAUGCGCUGGUUUAUCCACCCAAAGUCAUUGCACUUCUUGUUUUGAGAGGGUUUUUUGGAGCAAGUGAAUUGAUCACUCGAGUUUACGCCGUGCAAAACAUGCCUUUGGGUGAUGCUGUCGUAUUGAGUUUUACAUCUCCAGUAUUCACAGCCGUUUUGGCAAGGAUAUUCUUGAAAGAGCGUUUACAUUGGAUCUAUUCGAUUCUUCUUSUAUUGUGCUUGGCUGGUGUUACUCUGAUUGCACGACCRAGCUUCAUCUUUGGACAUCCAGACASUGCUCCUGAGUAUGAUAACGUGUUGAUACCCUCUCUUGUUGCUUUGCUAUCAGCUGUAUGCUCAGGUUGUGCACUUGUAACUGCCAGGAUCCUCAUAAGAACAUACAAAGUCCCAUCAAGUGUGAUAUUAUUAUACUUUGGCUUGGUUGGACUUGUUUAUUCAAUUCUUGGGUCAUACUUCGACAGAGGAUUCCAGUUUCCAUUUUGUCAAAGCACCGAGUAUUUGUUUGCAGCAUUUGUAGGGGUUUUUGCAUAUCUUACUCAGGUUUUCCUUAAUGGAGCACUAAAAUGUGAAAAAGCAUUUGUUGUUGCCCUUGCACGGUCUAGCUCAGGAACUGUAUUUGGGUUUAUCUUCCAAAUAAUAAUUUAUUCCCUUAUUCCAGGCUCUUUAAGCUUUGGUGGUGCAUCAAUGAUUGUCUUGUGUAAUCUUAUCAUAUUCAUGUUGAAGUUGUAUCAGAACAAGAACCAUUAAGGAAAAUAAGAAAGUCAUGUUAUGUUGUUCUGGUGCAAAAAUGUUUUGUUUACAAAGUGUGAAAAGGACAUUCAAGAAUAAACUUUGACCCAAAAAGUGUACCUUGAAGAGUAACAUUCUAAAUUUUAUACUAAAGCUUAUUCAAAUAUAUAUUGCUAUUAUUUUUUAUAUGAAUUCAAGGAAAUUUUAUUUAAAAAAUGUAUAUCAAAAUAAAAACAAUGUACAMAAUGCAAUAUGGUUAAAUAGUAUGCUUUUUAUCAGGAAUUUUUUAGCACAGCAAUGUCAUCCAGGGGUUUCUGCUACAGUAGGGCAUGAAAUCUUGAAAAGCUCUGGAACUUGAAAACAAGUUUCUCUUAGAAAUUCCCUUAAUGCACACUAAAUGGUAUUUUUCCUAAAAAAAAUCUUUAAAACACUAGUCUCUGGAAACCAAAUUUUUGUCCUUAAAUAGUAAUUUAAAAUUCCUGGAAUUUUGUGGUUAAAAUGUAGCAUGAUACCUGAUCAUCUGAAGUUGGUGUGAUCCAGAAUUGUAAUGUUUCUAACUAACAAAUGAGAGUGCAGAUUAUUCUCAAUUUACAUGAAUAAAACCCACUUUAACUGCUGCAAAAUCAAAAAUAACCAAUCUAGAAAUGUUUACUGAGUUAAUUCUAUAUAAAGUAAAAAACUGAAUGAUGAAAUACUCCUUCAUUAAUGAUGCUAGGGUUUGAGGUCUUCGAAUCAUUAGAUAUAAAAACUUUGAAGCAGUUGCUCAUUACAAAUGUUUUCAUAGAAACUAUCUGGUAAUGUGGAAACUGAAACUAA